GAAGCAGCGGCGGCAGCGGGUCUCGUGACCAAUGAGGAAGUAGUGCUGCAGUAAGUUGGGUCCUUGGUUUGGUCGUUUUUCAGACAGACUUCAUGUGUUGAAGCAGGACGUGUCGAAGAACAGCUGAGGGACUUCACUCCUUGUAUGUCUGCAGCAUCCGUCGUUCAGCAGAGAUGUUUGCUCGAGGCUCGGCCAGGGGGCGUCUGUCUGCUCAGCUGCUGCUGCUCCUGUGGACAUUGCACAACGUCUCUGCCUCCAGUGUGUAUUUGUUUGCUCCUGAUGCCGUCACACUUGAGGAAUUCUCUACAGCCAACAUCACCAUUACUUCCAGUUCCCCCCUCAACCAGUCAGCUGUGAUUCAGUUCAACGUCACCUACAGCUCAAAGUCAAACUCCUCGUCUGUCAUCACCGUGCCUGAGCAGGUGUUGCUGCCAGUGGAGACGACUUCAGUCAGUGUCAAUGUGACAGCCCAUGAGGUCGGUCAGGUGACCGCACACCUGCUCAGCAACAAUACAGACUUCAACAGUCUGUCCGUCAGGAUCCGAUUCAUGGUCGUCCAUAGCAACAUCCUGUCAGUCAUCAGUCAGGUGAUUGGCUGGAUUUACUUCCUGGCGUGGUCGGUGUCCUUCUAUCCACAAGCCUGGGAGAACUGGAGGAGGAAAAGUGUUGUAGGUCUCAACUUUGACUUCCUGGCUCUCAACCUAACGGGCUUCAUCGCUUACAGUGUCUUCAACAUCGGCCUGUUCUGGGUGCCGUAUAUAAAGGAGGAGUUUCUGGAGAAGAACCCUAAUGGAAUCAACCCUGUCGAAGCUAACGACGUCUUCUUCAGUCUCCACGCUGUAUUGCUCUGCUUGCUGUACAUAAGCCAGGCAGCUGUUUAUGAGAGGGGGGGUCAGAAGGUGUCCUGGACGGCCCUGGUCUUGCUGCUGGCUGCCUGGACGUUUGCCCUGGUCAGCUUGUUCCUGGCCGUGGCCAAACAGAUCACCUGGUUGGACUACCUCUACUACUUCUCUUACAUUAAACUAGCAGUCACCCUGAUUAAAUAUGUGCCGCAGGCAUUCAUGAACUACAGGAGGAAAAGUACUGUGGGCUGGAGUAUUGGCAAUGUGCUGUUGGACUUCACUGGAGGAGUCCUCUGUAUUCUACAGAUGGUUCUACAGUCUUACAACAACGAUGAGUGGGGGCUGAUAUUCGGCGAUCCUACAAAGUUUGGUCUGGGCCUGUUCUCCAUGGUGUUCGACAUCCUGUUCAUGAUGCAGCACUACUGCCUCUACAGACAGCCUCAGUACGUUAACAUGCCUCAGAACGAGGACGUCGCGGGCCAAACAGACUGAAGCACACUGCUGAGUGGAUGGACUGUCUACAAACACAAUCACAAAGGGAGCACAUGACUGACCGACGUGGUGGUUGUCAUCUUUGAUAUGUCCAGCUUUGUAUACUGGCAACUCUAAUCUCUAAGAUAUCUCAGGAUCAUCACUGUUGUUUUGUUUCUGAUAUGUUUGAUAAAAUGUAUAAGAGAAACUGAUUGUAUUGAUAUAAACACUUUUUUUAUUAAAAUUCCAUCACAUUAA